AUGAGCUCGUCCAGUGCGGUCAAGCUCAACGGCCGCGUGUACGAGGUCUGCGGGAAGCUCGGCAGCGGCGGCUUCUCCGAAGUCUACCUCGUCGAGGGCCAUCGCCAUGGCAGGAAGAAGCGCUACGCGCUCAAGGUCAUGGCGUGCGUCGAGGACGACCAGCUGCAGCGGGCGCUGCUCGAGAUCCAGCUGCAUCGGCGCCUCGCCCACCCUAACGUGUAG